GCUGUCACAGACACAGAGUACAUAGCCGCACGCGGCACGUGGUUUCUAAUAAAAUUAUUAUUUUUACCAGUUACAUUGCUUUGUUUGAAUUUUCGAGUUGAAACGAAAUUCUCAGACUGGACUUAUAAGGAUACUGGAACCCGCCCAAGCUAUUGUGCCAGCGAAACAUCAAAGAAUAUAUCCCGCCCAGUUACCCAGAAUCCUGAGUACCAAAAAUAUCAGCAUACAUAGAGGUGUAGUAGUUACACACAAAUCAAUGCAGUGAUACAAAAACGUAACACAAUAUCUCCAAAGAAAAAUAACUACAACACAAAAAGUCCGGAAAUAACUUUACAGGAUAAAAUGGAUGUGAACAUAUCCGAGGAUUUGCCAAAUACAGAUGAUAACAACAAUUGUUCCAAUAUCAUUAAAUAUCCUGAUGUAACAGGUAUCAAUCCCAUAAACAUAAGUACAGGCACUAAAGAUUCUGCAUCUGAUAUCCAACUAGUAGAUUAUGAAAAGCCACAAAAAAAGCAGUUGAAAAGAAAAGCAGAUCAGAGGAAUGUACCGUUGCCCAAAACAUGUGAUGAUUUCCAGCAGUUCAGCUAUAUGAGAGAUCCUACACAGCCCAUACAAGGCGGUGCAAGGCGUAAGGUACAAGCCGGUGCAAGGCGUAAGGUACAAGGCGGUUCAGAGACUCUUUAUAAUGUACCAAGUGAUCCAACACACGUGGACCGCAGCACCAUCGACACGUCGCCGGAACCUCUGUUCAAUAUGCAAACAAAAACGCCACUUCAGCAAAGCAAUGUUAACAACACCAGCCUUGAUUUCACUGUGCAAACUGUUCCUACUGCCACCGCGCUCCCAGACUCGGCGGGGCCCACUGGUGGUGCUUUUGAUGUUACUUCGCCGCUACCGGUCUUGGAGCUAUGCGAUCUAAAAAUGUUAGAUCUCAUCCAAUCAGAUUUGAGCUCUUCGUCAAGUGUCAUGCCAGACUCGGCGGGGUCCGCUGACGGUGCUUCGGAUGUUACUUUGCCGCUAGAGUUCAUGGAGCUAUGCGAUCUAAAAAUGAUAGAUUUGAGCUCUUCGUCAAGUGACAUGCCGAUUACGACUGACAGCUUGUCCGAGAUGUUCGAGAAUGCGCUUCAGAUCAUCAGCCACGACUCAGACUACAUGGAGAGUAUUGGUAUGUCCAAACCAGCUGAAUGCAUAUUAUGCUGUUGGGCCGGGUCCAUACUUUUGCUAGAUGGCCAUAUUCGAAAGGAUCACGCGUGCUCCAUAAAGAAGACGGACAAGACGAAAUGGAAAGCUACCUAUACCCUCAAGAGUCUAAUGCGGUGUAACGUCUGGCACCACGACUUGAUAGAGUACGAUGAUACACUGUACCUGCUCAGCGUCAAGUAUAAGCGUCCUAACUACUUCAUGGCCACGUUUUCGUUAUUAUCGCUGGACCUACUGGUGCCAAAGGAACAAAUGGCUAGGAUGACCUUAUUCAACAAACGCACUGGAGAGUCGUUCUCGUGGACCGGCCACAUACCCAACUUCCCUGCCGGCUCGCCGAGCAAGGAUGGCGCGAACGGCCUCAUAACAAAACUUGAUCUAUUCGACUUAAUACGGAAAAAAACUCCCGUCUCAAACGACAUAGACGUUAAAUUAGUCGUCCGGAUUUCUAAUAAAAACAAACCAUAAGUGCCUUAAACUAACAUAAAAAAUAUUUUUACACACUUUUUGUUACUUAUGCUUAUAUGUUUAUUUGCUAUGUUAACUAUGUUUGCUUUGUUUACUCUACAAUACCUGUUGUUAAAAAAUGGUCGAGAGCCUAGAUUUACUGCCAAAUCUACGAAAAAAUUACUAUUUAGUUCAACUAAAUCAAUACCUUAUAUAAAUUUCCUAUUAUAUUAAAGGUAUUUCUACUAAUAUUUUUAUAAAUAUUUAUACCAGUAAAUACUCAUUUAUUAUAUUUGUAUAUUGAAGUCUACAAAAAAAUUAACUAUUUAGUUCAACUAAAUAAAUACCUUUAGUAAAGUAUCUAUUAUAUUAUAGGUAUUCCUAAAUAUUACUCAUAUUUUUAUACAUAUUUAUAUCAGAAAAUACUCAUUUAUUAUGUUUGUAUAUUUAAGUCUACAAAAAAUUAACUAUUUAGUUUAACUAACUAAAUAUUAAAUACCUUUAAUAAAGUUCCUAUUAUAUUAUGGGUAUUCCUAGAUAUUACUAUUUUUUUAUAAAUAUUUAUAUCAGCAAAUACUCAUUUAUUAUAUUUGUAUAUUUGUCUACGAAAAAUUAACUAUUUAGUUCAACUAAAUAAACAAAGUUCUCACUACAUUACAGGUAUUCCUGAAAAUAUAAGUCAUAUUUUUAUAAGUAUUUAUAUGAGUAAAUACUCAUUUGUUACAUUUAUAUAUUAUAACUUAUAAGUAUGCCUAUAACUAAAACAAAAAAAAAAAAAAAAAACAAAAAAAAAAAAACAAAAAAACUUAUAAUUGAGUACUUUUUUUUUUUGCUUUAAAACUUAUAUUUUGAUUUCCAGUGUCGAUUUGUUGAGGGGAAACAAAUCCUUUAUAAAAAUAUUUACAUACGCGUUUCUAAAAGUGUUGAUUUUUGAGAUGUUCCUUUUUCAUAAAUUAAGAAUCAUGUUAUUUCUUUCUGUUACUUUUGAUUUAUAUUAUAGUUAGUAAGUUAUUGAAUAAGAAUAAAGAUCUCUUUUUUACCUCAAUUUUGUAAAUAGUAAUAUAUACCUACUAAGUCUAGGUAUAAGUUAGUAAAAGCCAAAAAUUCAUGUGCCAAUUAUUUUUUAUUUGUUACAUUAUCUGAGGUAAUUUAUAAAUAUUUUCAUAAGGACAAGUAGACUACUGGCCCAUGCUCAAAAAAAUUAUGGGUCAUAUGAACCACCAGGUGACGUAUAUAGGACGAUAUAAGAGCAUAAAAUAAUACGAUUCAGCACUAUGCCUGCCUUCAUGUUAAAAA